UAUAACACAGCAAGUAAAGUAAACAAGAAAUUAGCCUGCCUGCCUGAGUGUUUAACAUAAGGUUAAGAAUUUAUAAGAUGGCGUAAGCAGUGACAUAUAUAAACCGUGGAAAGAGUUUCAGUCCCUACACGUGUGUGUAUGUAUGUAUAUAUACCAAUCAAUCGCCUCAUUUAAGACAUACAUACACGUACGUAAGCAGAAUGGAUGAUGUUAUACUGCUAGACUUCUGGGUGAGUGUGUUCGGUCAGAGGGUAAGAAUUGCUCUAGCUGAAAAAGGUGUUCACUAUGAAAACAGAGAAGAAAACCCGCAGAACAAAACCCCACUUCUCCUUGAAAUGAACCCGGUCCAUAAAAAGAUCCCGGUUCUCAUCCACCAGGGCAAACCCGUAUGCGAAUCCAACAUCAUUGUUCAGUACAUCGACGAGGUGUGGCACGACGACAAGUCCCCGUCAUUGCUGCCUUCCGAUCCUUAUCUCCGAGCUCAGGCCAGGUUCUGGGCUGACUUCGUUGACAAAAAGGUAUAUGAGGCUGGGAAGAAGAUAUGGAUGACAGAAGGCGAAGAAGAUCGACAAGUGGCGAAGAAGGAGUUGAUAGAGGUGUUGAAGGUGUUAGAAGGGCAGCUGGGUGAAAAGCCUUAUUUGGUGGGGGAAAGCUUCGGGUUAGCGGAUAUAGCACUGAUUCCGUUCAGCGUGUGGUUCCAUGCGUUUGGGAAGAUGACCAUGAACAUGAACAUCGAGAGAGAAUGCCCGAAGCUGGCUGCUUGGGUCAACCGCUGCAUGGAAAGAGAGGCCGUCUCCAAAUCUCUUCCUCAUCCUCAUAAGAUUUACGAAUUCGACCAGAAGAAGAAGAAAGGCCAUGAAUGAUUAUAACAAGAUUUUAAACAAGACACUCCUUUUUCAAUCGAUGUAUUAUAUGUGUUUGGAGUAUUCUAUCGACCUUACAAUUUGAAAAAUAUUACAAUUUCUUUUGUUAUUUUA